AUGGCUUCAAGGCGCUAUGUCCCUCAGAGCCCAGAAGGGCCGUUUCCGUAUUCUCAGGAAGACCUCACUCCCAGGGAGUCAGGGAAUGACACAAAUUUUUAUGCUGUUCCGCGGUUUGUAACACAUAUCGACGACAAUGCCAUCAACAAUUUGCGCAAGUAUUAUGCGCAGGUCCUGUCGUGCAAAGGACGAAUAUUGGACUUUUGCUCCAGCUGGAUCUCACACUAUCCGACCGAGGUCACCAAGGCAGCGUCGUCAGGAGAAGUCGAGGUGCUAGGGACGGGCAUGAACCGUGCUGAGCUGAGCAAGAAUCCUGUAUUGACACACUGGUCUGUGCAAGAUCUCAAUGAGGACCCGGAGGUACACUUACCUAGCCUGGCCGGAGGACUGUUGGACGCAUCCACGUGUGUGGUGUCCAUCGACUACCUUACCAAGCCAGUUGAGGUGUUACAAAGUAUUCGACGACAGACUCAUCAGGGAGGAAAAGUGCACCUGGUCAUUUCCAAUCGGUGCUUUCCCACCAAAGUGGUUGGAAGGUGGCUGAAGAUCGAUGAGGACGAGAGGCUCAACAUGGUUGGGGACUAUCUGUGGUGGAGUGGAUGGCGCAAUAUCGAGAUCCAGACGCUGGUGGCAGGAUCGUUCAUGACAGAUCCGCUAUGGGUGGUGAGAGGUGAAAAAACUGACGCCGCCGACUGA